AUGAAUAAUCAAUAAUUACCAAGAACUCUUUAAGAAUUAGAUAUUGACACUAAAGAAUUGAGUAAAAGAAUAAAAACCUUAUAAAAUUCAAAGGCUGUCCUUUCUAUUUUUCAGUCAGAUAAGUUUACUCCAGAGAUAUUGAUACAUUAUUUUAUGGCCACUUUCAAUGAAGCUGGACCUCAUUAAUAUUUAACUAAUAGAUUGUAUCAUAUGCCUAAAAAAUUCAUCGAAUAUUAUAUACCAUAAUUUGUGUAAAAUUUGUAUAAUAUAUCUAGAUAUAUGGUUGUAAAAAAUGGGUCUUAAAGUAUGGAAACAUUCUUAGAAUCAUUAAGUUCUUAAUGUAUUGCAAAUUAUUUUAAAAUACUUUGGUGUUUGAUUGCCUAUUCAUAAGAUGAAAAAAAGAAUAGUAAAACAUAUUCUAAAUUGGAAUCAUUUUAAAGAGUAAAUUUGUAUUUAAUUAUUUAAGCGAUUAGAAAAAGCAAUGAUUAAUGGUGCUCUAACUAUGAACAAUGAUCAAAUUGAAUAAAAUAAAGAUAAUCCAUAAUUUUAGGAAUGUAAUUUGUUUGUUGAACAUUUUUAGAAUUGAUGAAAUAAUGUAUGGAGAAGGAAUUUAGAUCUCAUUACAUGAUUGCUUAAGAUCGAUUCAUUAUUUAAAUGAUUUAAUUAUCCUUGACAUUAAAAUCAAUUGAAAAUGAAAAUAGAAAGAAAUAUCUAUAUUCAUAAAUUUAAAAGGGAAAUAAUGCUAUAAAGAGAAUGACUAAUAUGAAUAGAAGUUUAGCUUAUUUUAGAGGAAUAAUAAUACCAUUUGAGAGGGAGAAUGAAUAUUCAGAAGCAUCUAAUUUAGUAUUUUUUCAUUUAAAAAAUAAAAGAUGGUAAAUAUAUGUGAAGAGGGAGCAGCUUGUUUUAACACUAAAACUAGAGUCCCAUAUAGAAUAGUAAUUGAAACUAUCAGUAUCAUAGAGUAGCAAGCAAAAAUUGAUUCAACAAAAGUAGAUGAGAAUGAAAGUGAUGUUUUGAAUGAUUCUGAAGAUUUUAUAUAGAUGGAUGUUCCUAAUAAUUUAGAAGAAUAAAUGAAACAAUUAACAAAUGAGAAAUAGUAAGAUAUGAUUUACAAUUAAUUAAUAAAAUAUGACAGUUAGAGUUCUAGUUUUAAGGAUUUUGAUGAUUUAAAUUAAAAUAUAGAAUUAAACAAAAAUCUAGAAUUAAUUAAAAAGAGAAGUAAUUCUUGGUCAGAUACUGAAAAUUCAUAAUUAUCUGAAGAACGUUAAGAAAUACAUAGUCCUUAAAAAAGUAAAGAUUUAGAAGAUGGUUUAUCAUCAUAAGGUUCUGAACAAAAGAUAUCUUCUUUAAAUAUAGGUGUAGUAGAAUAAAAUUAACAAAUCUAAGGAUUUAUAUAAUCUCCUAUAAAAUAGAGAUAAUCAAUAAAUUACAUCCAAAUUAAAUCAAAUAGUAAUUUAAAUCCUUGGGGUGAAGAUUGGUAAGAUAAGAUUGAAAGAAUAAAAUAAGAAUCAAAAUUUAAAGAUUUUGAAUCAUUAAAGAUUAGAGUAAUAAUGGUUAAAGGAGGUGAUGAUUUAAGACAAGAAUUAUUAAUUAUGUAGGUGAUAUAAAAAAUGUAGGAAAUAUUUAGAUCAGCUUAAUUGAAUUUAUUUUUAAAGCCUUAUGAAAUAAUAGUUGUAUCUGAGAAUUCUGGUAUAUUAGGUAAAGUAUAUUUAGUUAUUUGAUAGAAUUUGUAUAAAAUACGGUUUCAAUGGAUGGAUUGAAGAAAUAUUUAGCUAAACAAAAAUUAAGUUUGGUCUAAUUUUAUAAAUAAUAUUUUGAUUCUGAUUAUCAUUAAGCUCAAAAGAAUUUUGUUGAAAGUUUAGCAGGAUAUUCUUUACUUUGUUAUUUUUUGAAAAUUAAGGAUAGACAUAAUGGAAAUAUUUUGGUUAAUAAUUAAGGACAUUUGAUUCAUAUAGAUUUUGGAUUUGCACUUUCAAUUUCACCAGGUAAUGCUGGAUUUGAGACAGCUCCAUUUAAGAUGACAAAAGAUUAUUUAGAAAUUAUGGAUAAUAAAAAUUCUAGUAUGUUUGAAUAUUUUAGAAGAUUAAUGUUUAGUGGAUUUAUGGAAAUAAGAAAAUAUUGUGCUUCAAUCUUUUAAAUUAUUGAAAUAAUGAUGGAAAAGAGCAAUUUUAAUUGUUUUAAAUUUUUUGAAUUUUCUGAAUUUAAAUAAAGAUUUUUGUUGAAUAAAACUGAAAUAUAAGUAAAUUGUAAUUUAAUAAUAUAAAUUAGUGUAGACAAGAGAUUGAUAAAUUAAUUUAAAUGAGCAUAGAAGACUCUCGUACUAAACUUUAUGAUUAAUUUCAAUAUCUAACUAAUGGAAUAUACCAUUGA